AUGCCUGUCGUGAAAGUUUCCGUCAAAUGGAGUGGCAAAAAGUUUGACAAUGUAGAGGUAGACACAAGUCAACCUGGCAUCGUAUUCAAGACACAGCUAUUCUCGUUGACGGGCGUAGAACCGGAUAGACAAAAGAUUAUGAUCAAAGGGGGCAUGCUCAAGGAUGAUACGGACUUGUCAAAACUCGAUCUUAAAGAAGGACACUCAUUCAUGAUGAUGGGCACUGCAGGCGAAUUGCCAAAAGCACCUGAAAAGCCAAUACAGUUCGUAGAAGACAUGACUGAUGCUCAAAUUGCUCAAGCUAUGAAACUACCUGCUGGUCUAGUCAACUUGGGAAACACCUGCUAUAUGAAUGCUACUUUGCAGUGUCUACGAACCAUCCCAGAGUUACAAACUGCCAUGUCAAGGAUGACGGGCUCCAUCUCUCCAGACUUUAGAGCUAGUCUCCCCGUCUCCCUCAAAACACUCUACCGAGAAUUGUCUUCAUCGGGUGAAGCAAUUCCACCUCUUGUCUUUCUGCAAAUGCUGCGUGGUGCCUUCCCGCAAUUUGCUGAACAAACUGCUAGAGGAUUCUCUCAACAAGAUGCUGAAGAAUGUUGGGGUCAAAUCGUGUCUUCAUUGAAAGAAUCUGUGCCUGGAUUGACUGCUACUGGUGAAGUCAACCCUGGAAUUCACUUUGUAGAUCAGUUUAUGAAUGGACAGUUUGCAUCCACGUUGAAGUGUGAUGACGCACCUCAGGAAGAAGCCACAGUAUCUACAGAAGGCUUUACUCGUCUACAAGUCAACAUUGGUUCUGGAGUCUCCACAUACUUAUCUUCAGACAUCUCAUCCGGUCUGACUCAAAAGAUUGAAAAAAACUCGCCAACUCUGAACACUUUGGCAAAAUACACAAAGACAUCCAAAAUAUCAAGGCUGCCUGCAUAUUUGACAAUCAACUUUGUAAGGUUCCAGUGGAAGCCUGCAACUGAACCUGGUGGAUCGGGUACUCGUGCCAAGAUAUUAAAGAAAGUCAAGUUUCCAUUCGAACUUGAUAUGGCUCAAUUCGUCACACCAGACUUGUUGGCCAAGUUGGCUCCAGCCAGAGAUAGGCUCAAGGAAAUGGAUGAUUACAAGUCUGCUGUCAAGAAACUCAAGACCAAAAAGGUGUCUGAUGCUCAAGCGGCUUUAGCAGCAGGAACAGCUACUACCGCCAUGGACAUUGAUACUCCAGCUACCGCAUCAUCAGCAGCAGCAGCAUCAACAAAAACAACAAGAUCACAAAAAGAAGUCCUCACCGAAUUGGGAGUUGAUGCAUCCCUGAUAAAUGAUGUUGGAUGUAAUGUAUCAGGAUGGUAUGAUCUAGUAGCUGUCUUGACACAUGUUGGACGAGCAGCUGAUUCUGGACAUUAUAUUGCUUGGACUCGUCGAGAAUCGAAUCAAGAUGGAACAUCAUCUGAACCUGACGAUGGUUUGGGAUGGUGGAAGUUUGAUGAUGAUAAGGUGUCGCCUGUUUCUGCUGAUGAGAUUACGAAAUUGGAGGGUGGUGGUGAUUGGCAUACAGCAUACAUUUGUUUGUAUCGUGCCAAGCCUCUGGGUGAUAAACCUCCUCCACUUGAACCAUAA